UGUCAAGCAGCAUGAGAGGGAGGCAAGUUAUCACAGCCCAGGUGCUUCUGAAAGAGACACAGGUGGUUACAACAUCAAUUGAAAAUGUCAUUGUGCAAGAUUACUCUUGUCUAUUUUCUGUUGCAAGGAUUUGCUGCCUUUAAUGACGCUACCUCCGACCAUGACUGCAUCGGCUAUUGCCCUGAAGUGUACGACCCCGUGUGUGCUAGUAACGGCUGGACCUACAACAACGACUGCGAACUACAGGCUAUGAUCAAGUGCCAGGGAUGGAAUAUCACCAAGAGACACGACCAAGCAUGUGAAUGCCACAACGCUUGUCCCUCGACCUUCGCUCCAGUGUGUGGGUCAGACAACAAGACCUAUUUCAACGAGUGUGUCUUCAAGGUGGCCUCUUGCUGGGAUAUUUCGCUCGACAAGGCGUAUGACGGAGCUUGUGGAUGGGGUAUACACUGCCUUCAAUACUGCCCAGAGGUAUACGACCCAGUGUGUGGCAGUAACGGCCAAACUUACACCAACGAAUGCGAGUUGCAAGCUGCGAUACAUUGCCGUGGAUUGCAGAUUACGAAGAUGCAUCACCAGGCUUGCGAGUGCCACGCCACAUGCCCCUUGAUCCACGACCCUGUUUGUGGCACUGACGACAAGACUUAUUACAACGAGUGUUUCUUCAACAAAGCUUCGUGUUGGAAUAGAUCCAUCUUGAAGAAAAAGGACGGGCCUUGUGACAGAAAAUGGAAAUACCCUUUUGAGAUUUAGUACCAGAACAACGGUAAUGUUUCGGUUAAAGAAAUUGUUUAGAGGAAAAAAGGUUAAAGGAAAUUACACCUUUAAAUUUUUAUAAUUAGAAUAAAUAAUGAGUUUCUUGAUAUUUUACUGAAUAAAUAGUGUCGUAGAA